AUGGCGGAGCGGGACGCCCCCACCACUCCCCGCCCCGACAACGCGCCUGAGCUCCGAACCCAUGACCCCAACCUCUCCUUCCGCCCAGGCACCUACGUCGUUCAGGUCCCUAAAGACCUUGUCUACCGCGUCCCACCUCCCGAGAAUGCAUUGAUCGUCGAAAGACACCGCAACAACAACCACAAUUGGAAGCCUUGUGGGUGUUGCUCUUGCGUCGUCUGUUGUUUUAUUUCCGUCGUUGUAGUUGUUCUAGGCGUAGGCCUUGUUGUAGGCGUUUCUUUAUUUUUGAUACAGUCCAAGGAUCCUGGAUUUCACGUUAAGCAUAUUAUGAGUAGUGUAAAUAGGGAGAAAUCUUGGGGCACCACGUACGACGUGAAGCUAAAAGUUGACAACCCAAAUGGGAAUGCAGGCAUUUUGUACGGGGAAGGUGGUGUUGCUUGGCUUUGGUUUAGGGAAGAAAAGAUUGGUAGCGGUACAUUUCCAAGUUUCUUCCAAAAAAAUGGUAAGUCAACAGAAGUUGAGAUUAUACUCGGUGUUGAUGAGUCUGAAGAUGGCGUGAAUUCUGAGAAGAUUCAGAUUAGAAGCAAGAAGUCAACAAGUGUUGUGGCUUUAUCUCUCGAAAUGGAGGUGCCGGCGACGGUGAAGAAGGGAAUUUUCAGCUCCGGGAAGUUGAAGUUCGGUGUUAGGUGCGAUGUGGUGGUAGAUAAUUUGGGCAAAAGCAAUCGAAUUCUUUCUGAAGGCUGCGAAACGACGCGCCAUGCAUAG